AUGCGACCCCGGAUUUUUGUGUUCAAUGCUCGCCGCAUUGUCGCUGCCUCGUUGGAGGAGGCUUUCCUGUGUGACAAUAUUUCGUCGUGGAAUUGUCCGGCGGCGGCUAUCGAAGCUGCUGGUACUAUCACUACCGCUGGUUGGUCGACAGGCUCUGUUGUGCAGCAUUCUUCCGUUAUUAUGAAGACUUUCGUCCAGCUGGCCCUCGUGGUCACCCUCGCCGCAACGGCCACUGCUUCGUCUCAUCACCAUGGCCAUCGCCAUUUGCACGCCAAGAAAGAUGCCACCAAAGUCGACAAGCGUGAGCAGGCCGACGUUGUGGUCAAGGUCGUUGCGGGCCCUACCGAAACUGUCUACAAGCUCGGCGACAAGCUCGUCAACGCCGACGAGGCUAAGAAGGGCCUUGAUAGCGGCGACUAUGUCGUCGUAGGCGAGUCGACGCCGACCUACACGCCUCCUCCGGUUCCUUCCACCACCAAGGACGUUGGCGCGCAAUUUAUCGAAUCCAAGUCGACCACUACCACCACCACCCCGCCUCCUCCGCCCCCGACCACCACGUCCACCCCGCCGCCUCCUCCUCCUAGCUCUACCGCUCAGGCUCCUAUCGCCAUCGCUGCCUCUAGCAGUGACAAAGAUGACAGCAGCAGUUCCUCGGGCAGUGAGGAUGUCGAGUUCCCCAGUGGCAAAGUCAAGUGUAGUGAGUUUCCCUCCAAGUACGGUGCUGUCGCCGUUCCCUGGAUGGGACUUGGUGGCUGGGUAGGUGCCCAGAAGGUCUCCGACUACCCCAACGCUCUGAGCUUCGACAACAUCGUCGAGGCCAUUGCUGGUCAAGGCUGCACCCCGGGUGACAUGUGCUCGUACGCGUGCAAGCCUGGUUACCAGAAGAGUCAGUGGCCCGCCUCCCAGGGUGCUACAGGGCAGUCCGUUGGCGGCGUCUACUGCAACUCAAACGGUUACCUGGAGCUUACUCGCCCCAGCGUCAAGCAACUUUGCACUGCCGGCGAGGGCGGCGUAUUCAUCAAGAACGAUCUCGACGAUGUUGUUGCCACCUGCCGCACGAACUACCCCGGCAACGAGAAUAUGAACAUCCCCACUGUUGCUGAAGCUGGCCAGACUGUUCCUCUCACCAACCCCAGCCAGUCUGGAUACUACCAGUGGAAGAACAUGAAAACUUCGGCCCAGUACUAUAUCAACCCCAAGGGCGUUGCUGCCAAGGAUGGCUGUAUCUGGAAGAGCCCUACCUCUCCCGAUGACCGUGGCAACUGGGCUGCCGCCAUUGCUGGUGUCGGUAUGGCUGACGACGGUAUCACCUAUAUUUCUCUCUUCCUGAACAAGCCCACCUCCUCGGCUAAGCCUGAUUUUAACAUGGAGAUCAUUGGCGGCAACAGCAAAUGCGGUUACCAUAAUGGCCAGUGGAUUGGCGGCACCGACGGUUGUACCACCGGUCUGGCUAAGGGCCAGACUGCCACCAUCCGCUACUACUAG